AGUUCUAAAACUCCUAAAAUCCUCGCCUACUCUCUCACUUGUCUCAACACCGGAACAACGAUGGGAAUUGAAGCGGAUGGCUUGAAGCGGUUCGGCGGAGCGUGGGGCGUCGCGGCUAAGCCCUGCGACUCCUGCAAAUCGGCCGCGGCGGCGGUAUUCUGCCGGGCCGACUCGGCGUUUCUGUGCCUCAGCUGCGACGCCAAAAUCCACUGCGCCAACAAGCUGGCGUCGCGCCACGAGCGCGUGUGGAUGUGCGAGGUGUGCGAGCAGGCCCCCGCGGCCGUCACGUGCAAGGCCGACGCCGCCGCCCUCUGUGUCGCCUGCGACGCCGACAUCCACUCGGCUAACCCCGUGGCGCGUCGCCACGAGCGCAUCCCCGUCGAGCCCUUCUUCGACUCCACCGAGUCCAUGAUCAAAUCCUCUGCGCUCAGUAAUUUCCUGGUGGUCCCCGCGGACCACAACUCCAACGACACCAAAAACAAACACCACCAUUACGACGACGCCGAAGCGGCGCCGUGGGUUAUCCCCAACCCGAGUUUCGGCUCCAAGCUCAUGGAUGUUCCGGAUUUGAAACCCGCUGACAUGCUCUUCUCUGAUGUGGAUCCGUUUCUUGAUUUCGAUUACCCGAAUCCGUUUCACAGUGCUGGCACGGAUAGCGUAGUACCGGUUCAGACUAAGCCCGCCUCUGCUCCAAUCAUCAACCGCUCCACAGAGAAUUGUUUUGAUAUCGAUUUCUGCAGAUCCAAGCUCUCCGCAUUCAACUAUCCGACCCAGUCUCUUAGCCAAAGCGUUUCGUCGUCCGAUGUUGGGAUCGUUCCGGAUGGGAAUUCCAUGUCCGACAUAUCGUAUCCUUUCGGCCGCAACAUGAGUGCCGAUCCGAACGUACCGGUCUCGGGGACUACGAACCAAGUGGCGACUCAGUUGUGUGGAACCGAUCGCGAAGCUAGGGUUUUAAGGUACAGGGAGAAGAGGAAGAACCGGAAGUUCGAGAAGACCAUUCGCUACGCUUCGAGAAAAGCCUACGCCGAAACCCGGCCGAGAAUCAAAGGCCGGUUCGCGAAACGCACCGAGAUUGACUCCGAGGUGGACUGCCUUUAUGAAUCGGUGUCAGCUACGGCUUUCAUGUCCGACGCUCCGUACGGCGUCGUUCCUACCUUCUAACCGUCCAAGCCGGUUUUUUCGUGUUUUGGGUGAUCCUGUGCUUUGGACACUAUGAUUCAUAGAAUAAUUGUGCGCUGAGCCGCUCCUCCUAGCGUUUAAUUAGUGUUUUGGCUGUAAAUUAUAUCUCUGGUCGAUGGAGUUUUUGCCGUUGAUUUGCAGGAGCAUGAUGCUGAGCUUUCGCACAUAAUAUUUCCUCCCCAGCUUAAAAAGCCGGUUUACUUUUUUGUCUUUGGGGCUUCUGUAACUCUUUCUGUCGGUAAAAGCCACGUUUUUGUUUUUUUAGAAAUUGUCACGGUAUCUCUUUCUGAAUUCCUAUUGGUUCGUACCUACUCCGUUGUUUUCCUAGUAAUCUAAUUUAAAUUAGUUUUUCCUCA